AAAAAGUGGAGGUCCAACGCCCUUUGACGGCAUUAUAGCACGCAUAUAUACUAUUUUAUUUCAAUUCUAUGAAUCCAAUCGGACAAUAUACAUCCAAAAAGAGCAUCAAUAUGUCAGUUGCAGCUUUACUUGCAACGCUCGCGUUGGCUGCCAUCGUGUUAGUGUGCACAGGGGCAUUGCGACGAAGACUUAAACAGUCGAGAGCGACAAAGCAACAGAAACGAAAUGAAAAGUUCGCGGGGGACCUCAAGAUCUUGCCACUACACAAUCAUGAUUGGCAGUCGACGGAGCCGUUGAAAUUCCGGUCGUUCAAACCGAUUUACCACAUCACAAUGGCUCUACGAUCCUCUACCCCAUCAGACAUGAUAGUCAUCGACACCAACUACCUCUCCCGCAUCCAGCUGCGAAAAUCCAUCAUGGCCAAUCAUGCUGAGCACGUCCUCGGCUUCAUCCCCUCCGGUAUCUCUGCUGUCCAAGAAACAUACUCCUACCUCCUAUCCUCGUACCUGCCCUCCAGAUACCCAUCACUAUUCUCCAUAUCGGAAUCCGACAAAACAUUCUACAACCACGUGACACAAGUAUCCUUACCUCUUUCACCGCCCGAAGAUCCGCUGGAAGCUUUGAAACUGCUCGGGGAAACGGUAGAGGACGAUAUCUUCCUGUUGACGGAAACGCCAGAGGGUCAUGUAAACGUAGCGUUCUUGUGCUGUUUCCCGUCCGGGUUCGACCCAGCAGAGAAAUUGGGGAAGCUGAUGAGGGAGAUUCACGAGCCGGUGCCAGGUUACGAGAAGAUUGGGCCGAGUAUGGAACGGUUCUUUUCGAAGUUGGAGGUUGGGAGGAGUGUUAUCAGGGUUAAUUGGUCUGUGACGACAAGCCCUGUUCUGCUUAAUCUUGCAACGAACCAUGUAAAAGAGGAGGAUACGGUGGAGGAGGACGUUGAUGUGGAUAUACCCCAGGCUCGAGUAAGAAUGGAGCGGCAAGUUCUCAACCGUCUACCACAAACAGGAGCGAUACUAUUCUCUUUCAAGACGUACAUGUGUCCGCUCGAAGACAUAAAGGCCGAGGGUCUUGGUCCUGAAUUGGCUGAUGCGGUUGAGGGGCUGAAAGUUGGCAAUGCACCGGGGAUGUGGAAGUAUAAAGGGGGUGUGAGGUGGGGGAAGAGUGUUUGCGAAUACUUAAGGUCUUAGCUUCGCGUGUCAGCUCGGGUCAUUGGGGACCAAGGAUUGAGUAUUCGGUUGAGAUUUGGAUUAGCUCUAUGAGUGUCUCACUUUUAAACUUGUUAGUCCCAUAAUGAAGUUUACCCUGUCAUCCGAAACAAGACCAAAUCCAAG